CGCCGACGGAAGCGGCCCUGACGGAAAGGAAAUAAAAGGUCUCAAAGGCUGGACCGGUGGAGGCGGGCGGCGCUGCGGGGCCACUUUUAGCCUCGCCCCGCACACUGAAUUCAGCAUGGGGGAGAAGGCCGAGAACUUUAAAGUGCCAGAAGAUCUAGUCAAGGGCUUAAAGGUUACAGAUCCUCCAGAAACAGGAGGAGCCAGCCCAGCAGCUCCUGAUCCCAGAGAUCCGCAUUCGCAGAGCAGGAAGCUCCAGGAUGAUAAGGGCAGUCUCCAGGAAGACCAGGUAGAAGAGGAGCACUUUCAUGACUGUAGUGCCUCAUUUGAGGAACCUGGAGAGCCUGAGACUGAGAGCAAAGCUGGUGAGGACCCCACUUCCUCGGAGCUAGACGAGGAAUACCUAAUCGAACUGGAGAAAGAUAUGCCAGAAGAAGAGAAGCAGAAGAGGAGAGGAGAGAGCACUAGACUAAAGGAGGAAGGAAAUGAACAGUUCAAGAAAGGAGAUUAUGUCGAAGCUGAAAGUUCCUACACUAAAGCUCUUCAGACAUGUCCCGCCUGCUUCCAGAAAGACCGGUCCAUUCUGUUUUCAAACCGGGCUGCUGCGAGGAUGAGACAGGACAAGAAUGAGCUAGCCAUCAGCGACUGCAGCAAAGCAAUUCAGCUAAACCCCAACUACAUCCGAGCAGCACUGAGGAGAGCAGAGCUGUACGAGAAAACAAGUAAACUAGACGAAGCCCUGGACGAUUAUAAAUCUAUACUAGAAAAAGAUCCAUCAGUACACCAAGCGAGAGAAGCUUGUAUGAGAUUACCCAAGCAAAUUGAAGAACGUAAUGAAAAACUAAAAGAAGAGAUGUUAGGUAAACUAAAAGAUUUGGGGAACUUCGUUCUUCGACCCUUUGGGCUCUCCACAGAAAAUUUCCAGAUCAAACAGGAUUCCUCUACUGGCUCCUACUCUAUUAAUUUUGUUCAAAACCCAAAUAACAAUAGAUAACAAAGCUGGCAGUGGUUGUACACGCUGACUGGGAAGUCGUGCGCUGCUUGCUGUCUGGAGGGCAAAGCCCUGCAGUUUCCAUUUUCAGAACACCCUAGCUAAGAGCACCGCUCCAGUACAGGCUCCCCCAUUGCUCUGUUGUUUGGCAGGGAUUGUAGCCCGUCCUGCCGCGAGCCUGGCAGGUCUGCGCACACUGCUCCUGCCCUGGCUGCGCGGGGGAAGCCUGCUGUCCAGGCCGAACUCGGAGCCACACAGUGCCCUGGUCUGCAGACUUCUCCCCAGCCCACUAGACAUGCUGCACGGGGUCCCUCAGACCCCCUGCCCAUAUGAAGCUCAGAGGCUGCUGCGCGGGGUCUCCAGCCUUCCCCGACUUCCUCUGUAAUAAAAGCAC